GCCGAGAGGCCGAAGAUGAUGACCAAGAGAGCGGUUGGAGGUCCACCGUGGCUGGCGAGACCGACUCGGCCACGGCUUGCUCCGCCGCAGCCGCUCCGUCCCAUCGGCAGCGAGGCCGUCGCGGAGCAUCUUUUUGCCCAUCCCUCGGCCCUCCUCCGCGGUGGAGAGAGGGCCGACGGCGCUCAUGACGCGUCGGGCGCUGCCUGGUGGCGGGCGAGGGCGCUCGUCGCCAGCGCCUGGCUCGGCGAGCGCGACUCGGGCGAGAGCGAGGAGGACGUGGAUGGGACCAGCCAGCCGCUCGACGAGUACGACCCGUUUGGCGAUGAGCCCGACGAGGAUUCCGAGUCGGCGGGCAGCGGCGACUCGUGCGGUGUGUCCGAGGACGAAGCGACCAGCGGUGCCGGCGAGGGCUACUAG